AUGGCGCUAGUAGAAUUAAAAACGCAUUAUCACUUUGGAUUGACGGCAGCUGUGUCUGGUUCUCUAAUCUUUGUUAGCGACCACAUAAUUGCAUACCCCAGCGGGGCAGGAGUCAUCAUACACAACAUUGAUUCCAACACGCAACAAGUUUGUCCUACAGUUUCAAGGAGCAGAGGUGUUACGGCUAUGGCUUACUUUGAACCGAACAAAAUAUUAGCUGCGGCAGAGAAAAGUGAUGGUGACAAACCAUUCAUAAGUUUCUUUGAAGUAGAUUGGAAUCAACUGAAGCGCCGAAAAGCGGUACAGCCCAACCAAAUACAAUCGGAUAGAUUUGAAAGUCUUAGUUUCUCGUCAGAUGGGAAGUUUUUAGCGGCUAUCGGGGGUCCACCUGACCACUUAUUAGCCAUUUGGAUGUGGGACAGUAAGUCACAGGCUCUGGGAAAGAUAAAACUCGCCAACUUUGCAACAGGUCUUCCACCUCCUAUUCAGGGGAUUAUCAGCUUCAAUCCAGUAGACAGUCAACGUUUCGUAAUCUUCGGUCGCGAGACAUUGCGCCAGUACGUCAUUCACAUCUCAAACAUCGUGCCCUAUAAGCACUCGAGAAACGAAGGCCAACUAACUGCCUGGGUGGUCUGCCUCGCUUGGGUCAACGAGGACGCCAUGUUGGUGGGACUGGAUAGCAAUACGGUGCAGCUGUACGAAGGUGGAGAGCUGAAACAGGAGUUUCGAAUCUCCUAUUUAUCCGAGACAGAUUUCAUGUUGAGCGGCAUAGAAGAUCCAGACGAGUAUGCCAUACGUUGCAUUAGCGUCUUCGAGAAAGGAUUCGUAUGCUCGUGUGGCCGAGGUAAGGUCCACAUGUUUGAGAAGUCUGAUGACGUCAACGAAAGAUACAAAAAACUCAGAGAAAUUGAGUUGGUGCAGCGAACAACGAAAGGUGACACGGGUGGUUACGCCUUGACCCCCUUCAUCACGGCUCUGACUCUCAACACGUCCCAAAAAGUCUUCGCCUGUUUGACGGAUUCAGGAUUCGUGUACGCGUAUGAUCUGCUCAAAGAUUACAGAAAGGACGUGAAACCUCAGCUCUACUUGAUAACAUCGAGAGUCCACAAUAAAGAGAUAACCAGCGUGGAUGUGUGCGUAAGGAAACCGCUGAUCGUAACGAGCUCGCUGGACAAGACCGUACUGCUCUGGAACUAUGUUACCUGCCACUUAGAGCUGUACAAGGAAUUCGUAGAGCCGGUCUACAGCGUCUCGUUGCAUCCAGAUGGUCUCUGCUUGAUUGCUGGUCUUGAGAAAUCACUCAAGUUGAUGAACAUUUUCGUAGAUGAAAUCUAUCUGCUGAGAACUUUCCAAGUUUCUAACUGUAGAACCUGCCGCUUCUCAAAUGGUGGCCAGUACUUCGCAGUAGCCAACUGGAGCGUCAUUGAAAUCUACUCAUCUAUAACCCUCCAAGUGGUCUACCAUCUGCGCGGUCACGUCGACAGGGUCAAUAGAAUAUUCUGGAGUAAGAAUGACGUUCGUCUGGUCAGUGUCAGUGAAGAUGGCGAGGCGUUUGAGUGGGACGUCUUGGCCUCUAAGAAAGUGUCCGAAAAUGUUUUGAAGCACUGCCGAUAUUAUGACACGUGUAUCGAGGGCAAGUCCAUAUUCGUUGUUGGCUCUGAUUUCGUCGUCAAGGAGAUUCAAGAUUCCACGAUAACAAAGAGGUUUUCAGCCAAUGGCAUCCAGAUAACUCGUAUAGCCAUCAACAAUUUAGGUCGUUGCAUGUUUCUGGGUCUCUGGACCGGGGCCCUCAGGUCUCUACAGUACCCACUAACUGAACCCGACGAAUAUUUGGAGUUUCAGGGUCACUUUGCCCCUAUUACUGGAUUAAGGGUGACACCUGACGACCAGUUGCUCGUCUCGAUAUCGGAAGAUUCGGUAGUAAUCGUUUGGACGAUCGUCGAUAGCAAGCUCAUCACCCAAUCAAAAUUUGAGAACCUCUUCAGUAAGGAGGUUCUCGCUAAUCCCAUCGACCUCGAAGAUAAGAACAAGCGACUGAACCGGCUGGAGGUGAAAGUGGAGCAACUGAAGAUGGAGAACCAGCUUCAACUGCACAACCGCGAUGCCAAAUAUAACGACAACCUCGCCAAAGUCACGCACAAACUCAAGAGCGAAUUGGAGCAAGUCAAGCAGAAAAAUUUUGUAGGCUUCGAUUUAGAGAAGGAGAAUUCGGACGUGCAAGAGAAAUACUCGCAGCAUUUGAACGAUAUGAUCAAGAAACUGAGAAGCGACUGUGCUCUCAUCGAGCAGAAGAACAAGGACAAGUUGAAAGUGGAAGCGGAAAAGUACCAGGCACUACGAGAACAAGGCACCCAAUCCCAGGAGGAAUUCGAACAGGAGUUGGAAGAGAAGAAUAAAAAACUGUCGUCACUUCAAAACUCUUUGGCUCUUACACUCGCGUCUAUUAAAUCAGAAGUUGGUUUGAUUUUUUAA